AGAAAUUAAUCGCUUUCCGAUUCAGAAUUCAAUGGCUCGGCUUAUCUUUCUUUUCCUUGUCUUUCUCGUUCUUAUCGCCAAUGUUACCACUAUUAGCAUUUGCAAUGGCUACUCUGUUCAUGCGGUUUGCAUUAAAAGCGAGAAAGAAGCCCUUUUGAAGUUCAAGCAAUGUAUCGUGGAUCGCACCAACCGAUUGGCCUCUUGGCAUUCCGAUGGAGAUUGUUGCAAAUGGACAGGAAUUGUCUGCGACAACGUGACUGGUCAUGUCAUUGAACUCAACCUCAGAGUACCUACAUUGGAUGACUACUAUGACUAUGAGGCUUAUGAGAGAUCAUGGAUGGGUGGUAAGAUAAGUCCUUCUCUGCUCCAUUUGAAGCAUUUGAGUUAUUUGGACCUCAGCAACAAUGACUUUAGAGGAAUUCACAUUCCCAAGUUUUUUGGUUCUUUGGGGAGUUUAAGAUAUCUUAACCUUUCUCUUUCAAAUUUUGGAGGGAAGAUCCCUCACCAUCUUGGGAAUCUCUCUAAUCUUAAAUAUCUUGAUCUUGGGAACAAUUAUUAUACCAUGCAUGUUGAGACUCUCCACUGGUUGUCUAGUUUUCAUUCAUUGGAGUACCUUGAUUUGAGUUAUGUGAACCUAAGUCAAGCCUCCAAUUGGUUUCAUGCACUAAAUACACUUCCUUCCUUGGUAGGGUUACACUUGUCAAGAUGACAACUUUCACAUCAUCAUCCCCAUCCCAUUUCAAGUGUAAAUUUAUCAUCUCUUGAUACCCUUUCUCUUUCUUGGAAUUCUUUCCAAAACUUGUCAAUGAUCAAUUGGGUUUUUGGUCUCAAGAACCUAAUUUCCCUUGAUCUAUCGAGAAAUUAUAUCGAAGGUCCAAUCCCUUAUGGUCUUCAAAAUUUGACUUUGUUGAAACACCUUGAUCUAUCAAUUAAUAAUUUCAAUUCCUUACU